AUGGCCUGUAACACUACCUGCAUCACUCCAUCGCACUUCUGGGACGAGUGGGAGCACAAGUAUGCGCCCGUCGGCAAUGACAUCACGCUGCACUACAUCGACGUCGGGCCUCGCGACGCCACGCCCGUCGUGCUGGUCCACGGCUGGCCGGACUUGUGGUUCGGGUGGCGCUACCAGAUCCAGGCGCUGUCCAAGACGUACCGAGUGAUUGCGCCGGACCUGCGUGGCUUUGGUCGCAGUUCGGCCCCAGCGACGGUGGAGGGCUACGGCACCAAGAAAGUGACGGGGGAUCUCGCAGGGCUGCUGGACUUCCUCAACAUUCCCCGUGCCGUGUUCGUCGGCCACGACUGGGGCGCCGUCAUCGUCUGGCGCCAGUGUUUGUUCUACCCGGAGCGCGUUAUCGCCGUCUGCAGCGUUUGCACGCCGUAUAUGCCACCGUCCGACGUGUACAUUGAUACGGAGUCGCUAGUGCGUGCCAUCCCGCAGUUCUCGUACAUGGGUCUACUGAGUCAAUCCGAAAAGGCUGCCGAAUUACUCGAUAAUGCGCCUCGCCGUAUGUUCACAGCCACAUUCAGGCUCCACACCGACAUUGACACUUCGCUGAGCUUUCUGGAGCUUCUCCACGGUGUUCCAGCCUCACCCAACCCGAUCUUCACGAACCCGUCCAAGUUGCUCGAGCAAGAUGAACUGGACUACUACGAGGCAGAGUACAAACGCUCAGGCUUCGCUGGCGGCUGCAACUACUACGCCGCGCGCAAUAUCGACUUCAACGACGAGCAUGGCCUUCCUCGAACCAUUACGCACAACGCUCUGUUGAUCAGCCCCGCGGAGGAUCGCGUACUAAAGCCCGAAAUGGCGGCUGCUACGCGUAAAUUGGUGCCGAACCUCCAGCAGAAAAUCGUGACAGGAGCUGGCCACUGGGUCCUGUGGGAGCAGAAGGACGAGGUCACGCGGAUUCUACACCAGUGGCUGGAAGAGGUAGACCAUGACGCCGCAGCCGUUAUGCCGUAG